UUAACUUUUAAGCUUCUGCGUCAUAAAGGAAUGGCAAAUUCUGGCAACUCUCCAGUCAUUCUACGGCUGCAAAUAUUGAUUUUGUCCAUCGGCUGUGUAUUGGUAUGUUAUAGUCGUUUAUCCACCGCAUCACCGGCACACAACCAGCGUUUGAUAUGCUGGCAAGCCAUCAUGAAGUGCCAAGGAGAACCGGAGUGUCACUACGCGUACACACAGUAUCUACACGCGUGCGGUCCGGUGAUAAACGGCAACAGGAAGAAAUGUCCCAGCCAUUGCAUUUCUUCCAUCAUUCAGCUCAAUCUGACUGUGAACGGCCCGGCACUGGAGGACUGCGAGUGCGCCUCGGACACUCUAUGCAAAAUGACCAAGAGAGCCAUUGAGCCCUGUAUGCCCAGAACGAGCCACAUGGGCUGCACCGAAGCGCGUAAGCAGUGUGAGAAGGAUCCCGAGUGCAGCACCGCCAUGCGGGACUAUCUGUAUCACUGCAGGAAACUCUUCGGCGGAGAGCGCUGCUCUGACGACUGCCGGCGGGUCAUCACGAACAUGCGCUCCAUCCCUAAAGCCCAGCAGCUGGACACUUGCGUGUGCGACGGCACAGAGAGGACCAUAUGCGAGUAUGUCAAAGGCAGCAUGAAAAACUUCUGCUUUAACGACCGGUACGGCGGGAGUGGCUUUUCAGAUACCGAGGACGACUUGGACUACGAAUACGAGACGGAUUAUGAGGACGAGGAGAGUGAUGCCUGGGAUUUAAGAGCACAAAAGAGUUCGAUUGUGAUGUCCACCAUUUUGACACUUUCUUCUCUUGUUAUAGUAAGAUAGGGCAUGUUUUCAGAAUUAACUGCAUAUUUGGCCUGGGUGGAAAUAAUGGUUAGGGCCCAAAAUUAAGCCCUAACACCGCCCC